AUGUUCACCACCACCCUCCCUCGCUUCUUCAUCCACCCCACCCGAGCUAUCCCGGCCCUACGCUCCUCGGCCGCCUUUUCAACCCGGCCCGUCGCCCGCUCUUCGGUCUUAUCCUCCAAGCUCAAGAACCACGAUCUGCUGAAACAUAAGUCUUACGUCAACGGAGAAUGGGUUGGCUCGAGCUCGUCCCGAACCUUCGCGGUGAAUGAUCCAGCGACUGGUGAGGAAAUAGGGAGAUGUCCGGACAUGAACUUGGGAGAUCUGGGGAAAGCGAUCGAAGCAGCCACGGAGUCGUUUUCGAGGUAUCGGCACAGCACGCCGGCGGUCCGCCAGAGUUAUCUGCGCAAGUUCAACGGGCUGAUCCUGGCGAAUGCCGAGGACCUGGCGCGGCUGAUUGUGGCGGAGAACGGGAAGAGCUGGAAGGAUGCGCUGGGCGAGGUGAACUAUGCGGCCAGCUUUGUGGACUGGUUCGCCGAGGAGGCCCUCCGCACGGACGGGAUCAUCGUCCCCAGCUCGACCCCUGCCGUCAGACAUCUCGUCAUUAAACAACCUAUCGGCGUCGUCGCUGCUCUGUGUCCUUGGAACUUCCCAGCAGCUAUGAUCACCCGUAAGGUUGCGCCUGCUCUGGCCGCAGGCUGUUCCGUCAUCGUUAAAGCACCCGCAGAAACUCCAUUGACUGCAUUGGCCCUGGCCGAACUUGCCAACCAAGCCGGCUUUCCCGCUGGAGUCUUCAACAUCAUCACCACUCAGUCGGCAACGCCGGAGAUCGGCAAAGCACUCUGCGAGCACGAGGAGAUCCGCAAACUGUCAUUUACGGGCUCGACGGGUGUCGGCAAACUGCUCAUGGCUCAAUCAUCAUCAACACUCAAGAAGUUGUCCUUGGAGCUCGGCGGGAAUGCGCCAUUCAUCGUCUUUGAGGAUGCUGAUGUUGAUAAAGCUGUGGAAGGAGCUAUGGCAUGUAAAUUCAGAUGCGCUGGACAGGCCUGUGUCUCUGCAAAUAGAUUCUAUGUGCACCAGUCGAUCUAUGCAGAGUUUGCCUCGAAGCUGACGAAGAAGGUAUCCGAACUGAAGGUUGGCUCGGGAUUUGAAGAGGGCACGUCGAUAGGCCCGUUGAUCGAUGAGCGGAGCCUGGAGAAGGUGACGCGACAUGUCCGGCUGGCCAGGGAGGCGGGUGGGGAGGUGUUGAUUGGUGGGAAGCGGGUGGACGGCCCUGGAUACUUCUUCUUGCCUACGGUGCUCAGUGAGGUUCCACGUGGGGUGAUCGAUGGCGAGGAAACGUUUGGGCCAGUGGCCGCACUGUAUAAGUUCGAGGGCGAGGCUGAGGUGGUUGCGGCGGCGAACAAGUCUGAGGUCGGCUUGGCUGGCUACUUCUACUCGAAAGACAUUGGGCGGAUCUGGCGGGUGGCUGAAGCCUUGGAGGUUGGGAUGGUCGGUGCGAAUACUGGGAUGGUCUCGAAUGCGGUCACCCCAUUCGGAGGGAUCAAGCAUUCUGGGUUUGGGCGAGAAGGCAGCAAGUUUGGGAUCGAAGAGUUCCAGACUGUGAAGUAUAUCGCCAUGGGCGGAUUGUAA